UCGAUUUUUUGUAUAAGUUAAAUUAUAAUUACAUAGUUUGAAGUAAAAUUGGAGAGCAUAUAAAUACGCUAGAAUUGUUGCAGAAUUUACUUCGGAAAAAUGAAUUCCAUUUCUUCAAAUCGCCUUACAGGAAGAGUUGCUGUAGUAACAGCCUCUACAGAAGGUAUAGGCUAUGGCAUUGCUAGAAGAUUAGCUCAAGAAGGUGCGAAGGUAAUGAUUAGCAGUCGCAAAGAAGAAAAUGUGAUUAAAUCUGUACAAAAAUUAACAAAUGAAGGUUUGUCGGUAUCAGGACAAGUUUGUGAUGUGACUAAUGCAGAACACAGGCAAUCUUUAUUCAAAAAUACUAAAGAAAAAUUUGGAGGUAUUGAUAUUUUAGUAUCUAAUGCUGGUAUUCAUACAAAGCUUGGAUAUGUUUUAGAAUCUGAUGAAUCAUCUUGGGAUGAAAUAUUUCAUGUAAACGUUAAGUGCUCCUUCCUUCUUGCCAAAGAAGCACUUCCAUAUUUACGAGAACGUAAAGGCAGUAAUAUUGUUUUCGUAUCAUCAAUUUCUGGAUUGCAUCCAUACCCGUACAUAGGGGCAUAUUCUGUAAGUAAAACGGCACUAAUAGGUUUAACAAAAGCAGCAGCGAAAUCACUUGUUACUGAAAACAUUCGAGUUAAUUGUUUGGCACCGGGUAUUAUUGAAACAAAAUUUUCAUCGCCAAUUACAGAUAAUGAAAUAUCCCGCAAUGCAUCCUUAGAGAAAAUACCAAUGCAAAGAUUUGGUACAAUUGAAGAAAUGGGCGGAGUUGUUGCAUUUUUGGUAUCAGAUGAUGCAUCUUAUAUUACGGGCGAAACUAUUGUUGCAAGCGGUGGAAUGCAUAGUAGAUUAUAAAUUAUAGAAAUUGAAAAAAUUUGAUUAUGGUGUUGUACAUAUUUAAGGAACGACAAUAACUUUUGUACAGCGAGGCUGCUUAAGUUGGCUCCAUAUUGAAAACUUUUUUAUUAUAAGGUUUACGAAAAAAAGUUAUUCUUUAUAAAAAUCUCUGCUUUCGAAAAUAUUAACAUUCAGCUAUAUUUACUUUUGAUAUCGAAUGUACAGGGUACAACAAAAAGUUUGAUAGGAAUGUCAAUGAUCGUUUAGAAAUGUAGACCAUAUUAGGACAAAACCGUUCAAGAAAUCAUUCCCGAGAUAUGUAGGAGUGUAUUUAAAGAAUUUUGUAAAAGAAUAUAACAAUUAGACGUAUGGAACGCGAAUGUAGAUACUUGGAGGAAAAAACGAACUGGAAAUAACAGUUGUUACGUCAAUAAUAGUAACUAUUUGUAAUGUAAUGAGUGAAAAAUAAAUUUUCUGCAUUGAUUAUUUUGUUACAUAUUCAUUCAUUAAAUGUGUCAAAUCAGCAAAUAAACAUUUGAAGUACGAUGACUGGUUAAUUAGGAUAUCAGAUAACUUGUUUUACAAGUAGGAUUUGCAAAAUUUAAUUUAAAAUUGAAAUAGUCAAAACAUUCCCAUCGUUAACAAUUCAUUCCUAAAUAUUUAUCUUCAGUUCGUUUUUUCCUCAACGUAUCCACCUUCGCGUUCCAUACAUGUUAUUGACUUUCAAAAAAAUUUUUUAAUAUACUCA